AACCCAGGUAAAUUGAAAACCCAAAGUUCGUAAUGCCUCUUUCUUUCUCACAAAUAACGUAAAUUGAAAACCCAAAUACCAAUUUCUUUCUCACAAAUACCAAAUUCAUUCUGACAUUGACAAUACUUAGGUUCCGAUUCCUUCAUUUUGUCAUUAGAAUACAAAUUUUAAAUCAAAAAUUCAUUCUCAGGUAAUAUGAAUUGUAAAUCAAAAACCCAUUUCUCAAACAAAUCAAGUACUAGAAUUGGUACUUGCUCUAGCGUCGAGGGCAAAUUGAUUAGCUGUGACAGAGAAAAAGGAUUUAGAUAAAUUGAAUUUUGUGAGUGAAUUUGUAGCUCCAAUUGUUUGGGAAUUUCGGGGGUGUAAUGGAGUAGCUCCAAAUCGCUGAGUAGUGGGUGUGGGUGUCCAUCUCGAUCUGAACUUGUAGCUCCAAUUGCCCCGAUCUGAAAUCUUUCUCUAAAAUCGGAGAGCGAGGUAGCGAAGAAGCAAGAUUCAUGGUGUGUUGCAACAUUGAGAAAACUACAAGAAACAUCUCCACUGAGUUUGAAGGUUUCUCUGAGAUCUGUAAGUUUUUUUCUUUUACCAGAUAGAAUAUUCUCCAACUUCAACUCCAACUUAUCACCAUGAUUAACUCGAGAAGAGUCAGGUUCCAUACCACUCUCUAACUUCUCUAAAAGUCCACUCUCUAACUCUGUCCAUUACAUUCUUUUUAGCUUCAAACUUCUUUUAAUUGGAUUUGCUUUUGCUUCUGAUUUAUUUCUGCAUUACCUGUUUAUCAAUGCAUUUUACAUUUUAGAAUAUUUCUGCACUGAUGUGCCUCAGGCUACUCAAAGAGCUGUCAAUGAUGGGAAAACUCGAUUAAAGAUCGAAAUCAGUAAUCUCGAGCUGAAUCCUGCAAUGGAUGUUUAUCGAAUAGGUACGCUAAUGAAACUUAUCCGUGUACUUGCUCUUUCAUUUGCUGAUGAUGGAAAGCGUGUCAAGGUUUGUGUCCAAGGUUCUUUGGGGAAAGGUGCACUUGCAGGGAUGCCUUUGCAGCUUGCAGAAAGUCAAAAGAUAUUAGAGUUCAUGGAUUGGGGUGAUUAUGACACGUUGGGCACCUUUGUCAAUAGUGGUUCUAUAGGUGGCAAGGAGGUUGCCGGACAAGACGACUUGUUCAUUCUAGUGGCUUUCCAGAAUGCUGUCGAAAAUUGCAUCAUAGAUGUCAUUCACCGUGAAUUAUUUUCUGUAAUUUUCUCAUAUUACUCUUAUUCAGUUUAUUAUAUUCCAUUUCCCUGACUGAAUAAUGCUGGAUUUGAAAGCGAUGACUAAUGCUGUUGUAAACCUACCCGUUAUUCUUGUCAACCCCAAACUAAAGGUUAGGAUCUUAGUUGCUCGCAUAUGUACAUGACGCAUUGUUACUCCCUUAGAGUACCUCAAAUCACAGAGAUCAACACUCAUAGCCAUGUCCAUGUAACAUAGAUAUCGUUCCACAGAUUUAUAAGCAAAUAUAUAUCAACAAGCGUAAACAUAUAAAUAUCAACACAUCCACACAAUUGUGCUAACCGAUAGAGGCACAGCUCCUCACUGUUCAUAGUUUAGACUCCACUUUUUGUUCCAUGAAUUUAGAUUCAGAAUUAUACUGAAAAUUCAUAAUCUUGUUUUGAUUCAUCUAUGAUUAAAUGAUUACAAAUGGCAUGACGUUGAUAUAUCACAUGCUAAUGUGCAGGAUUUACCUAGUUAAAGCGGUAUCAUGCAA